UGUAACUAUUCAAUGAAAAACACGCAAAAAGUUUUCGUUUUCUAAUCCUGCAGUUCUCCUAAUGAAAAUAUUUUCGAAAUAAAAAACUGUGAAACUAUUAGUUGUGUUGUCUUUUGGUAAAGAAUAACAAAUCAGUAAUAUAUUACUGAUUGAAGUAUCAAUUAUUACAAAGGUGGCAAAACAGUGAAAAAUUAUACAAAUUUUAUUCCGAUUAUUGGUAGUAUUAGAAUAGUUAAACAAUAACGAUGAGAUUAGUGUAAAUUAAAGGAAUCUUUUAGGAACUAAAGUACGUUUACUUAUUGUAGUUACUUACUCGAACAUUAUCUAAAUCAAAAAAUAUAAAGAUGAGCUCUCGUCAUCGUUUAACAUCUUUUGGAGAUGUCGAACACACGAAUUUUCUCUCUGAGGAUAUUGGUGCCCUUUAUCUCUCAAAUAGUUACACGGAUGUAACAUUAAUAGUUGCAGAUCAAAGAUUUAAUGGUCAUAAAAUUAUUCUAGCAGCGCGAAGUCAGUAUUUCAGAGCUCUUUUAUUUGGUGGUUUAAAGGAAUCAACUCAGCAAGAAAUUGAAUUAAAAGGUGCAUCUGUGCCAGCUUUUAAGGGAUUAUUUAAAUACAUAUAUACUGGACAUAUGUCUCUUGCCAAUCAACGUGAGGAGGUAAUCGUUGACAUUCUUGGUUUGGCACACCAAUAUGGAUUUGUAGAACUUGAAAGUGCAAUAUCAGAUUAUCUUAAAAAAAUCCUAAGUAUAAAAAAUUUUUGUUUUAUAUUUGAUGCUGCACGUCUUUAUCAAAUUGAAUUUUUAAAAAAGUGGUGUUAUCAAUAUGUUAAUAAAUAUGCUGCUGAAAUUAUACAUCAUGAUAGUUUUUUACAAUUAAGUCCUACAGCUUUAAAUGAACUUAUUUCACGGGACUCAUUCUAUGCACCAGAAAUUGAUAUUUUCUUAGCUGUACAAGAAUGGAUCAAAGCAAAUCCCGAUGUGGAUGCAAAGGAAAUUUUAGCACAAGUAAGAUUAAGUCUUAUUUCUCUGACCGAUCUUUUAAAUGUUGUGAGACCAACUAGAUUGGUAUCUUCCGAAGCUAUUUUAGAUGCAAUAACAGCAAUAAUGGACAAAUCUUCAGAACUUGCUUAUCGAGGCCAAAUGUUAGUAGAUCAAAAUAUUGCCCUUGCAGCUUAUGGUGCUGAAGUCCUACAAGGUGAAAUGCGUAGUUAUCUUUUGGAUGGUAAUUGUUAUAAUUAUGAUAUGGAACGUGGAUAUACAAGACAUGCAAUAACAGAUACACAGGAACAUGGUAUAUUAAUUAAGUUAGGUACACAAUGCAUAAUAAAUCAUAUAAAGAUGUUACUGUGGGAUAGAGAUUUACGUUCAUACUCUUAUUAUAUUGAGGUAUCUAUGGAUCAAAAACAUUGGGUGAGAAUUAUCGAUUAUACGAAAUAUUUUUGUCGUAGUUGGCAAUAUUUAUAUUUUGAACCAAGGGUUAUGCUUUAUAUUCGUAUUGUUGGUACAAAUAAUACUGUGAAUAAAGUAUUUCAUGUUGUAAGCUUUGAAGCAUAUUAUAGAAAUCACUCAGAAAAAUUAUCUGAAGGAUUUAUCGUUCCAACAAGAAAUGUUGCUACUAUGAAAUUUGGUGCCACUGUUACGGAAGGAGUGAGUAGAAUACGUAAUGCUUUACUAAAUGGUGAUACAUCAGAUUAUGACUGGGAUAGUGGAUAUACCUGCCAUCAAUUGGGUUCAGGCUCUAUCUUAAUACAAUUAGGACAACCUUAUAUCAUAGAUUCUAUGAGAUUAUUACUUUGGGAUUGCGAUAAACGCUCAUAUUCCUAUUACAUAGAAGUAUCUAGUAAUUAUUUAACUUGGGAUUUGGUAGUUGAUAAGACUAAAGAACUUUGCCGUUCUUGGCAAAUACUUCGUUUUCAUCCAGCUAGACCCGUUGUUUUUAUACGUAUAGUUGGAACCCAUAAUACGGCGAACGAGGUAUUUCAUUGUGUGCACUUUGAAUGCCCUUCUCAAGUCGAAGAUAAGGCUCAAAAAUCACCUAUGAACCGUGGAAAACAUUUGACAAUUAAUUCUACAGAAACAGACAAAAUAGAUCAAGAUGAUGGUGAUUCGACAGACGAUUCUGUCAUUAUAGCUGCAGUACUUUAAUGUGAUCUAACGCAUACAACACUUUCGCAUGUGAUAGCGUCCAGCAAAAACUUUGAAGACUAUAGAAUAAGAAUAUUUAUAAGAGUGUAACGGUAUAACCACGAACACAUCUCAUAUAAAAUAAUAUUUAUUAAAAGAGAUCUUUUGUUAUAUCAAUAUAUUUAUAAAUUUACAAAAAGAAAAAUAGAAGUAAAAGAAUCAUAAAUUUGAACUAGGUGCUUUGUAGAUUUGAAAAAACAACUAUAUAUUAUACUCAUUGUUCGUGGUUUCUCACACUUAUAUAUUUAUAUAUAGAAUAUUUUUAUUCAAGACUUGCUCUUAUAUAUCAUAUUAAUAGAAGUACUGAUAUAUGAAGUACGUUAUAUAUGUAAUUUUUUUUAUAUAUUAUAUAGAAUGAUUUUUUGUUUGUUGAUAACAUUAUUUUUCAUUAAAGUAUAUUUAUAGUAUUCUGCAAUGUAAUAGGUACAAAGAAAUAGCAAUCAAACUUAGGUGCCAACUUUUUAAUCUCAAAAUUAUAUUAACUCUGAGCUUAUAUAUUAAUGCUAAGUAAAUCUAUUUCCCAUUUGUUUUAAUUUUAUUAAUACAAUUUUUUAAUAUGUGUAAAAACACCGUUAUAUAUAAUACGUUAUUUUUAUAUAUAACAAAUUAUAUAGAACAUAUUAAAUAUAAAACAUUGCAAAUAAUAAUAAAAUAAUAUAUAAAAAAAAUCUUAGUCUACAGAAUAGAGUUCAAGAUCGUAACAUAUUAUGUUCUAUAUAUAAAUUAUAGUGAUAGGGCAUUCCUAUAUGUCUCUAUCUUAUAAUCUGACAUUUUUUACGCACAUCACAAUAAUAUACAUUUAUUCUAUAUACACUGCAGUUGUUUCAUUUUAUUGAUUCAAGAUAAAUUAAUGUUUGGCAAAAAAAUAAUAUACUUUCUUUUUUUUAUUUUAUCUUUAGUAUUUAUGUACAAAUGGAAUCAUAUUUAUUACAUAAAUCAUUCAUUGUAUCAUUUAUUAUGUGAUCCAUUUUAAAUCAGCACACAGUGAUAUAUGAUCACUUGGAAGUACUAUAGAAGGUAAACCAACAUAUAAAGCAAGUUCUUCGUCAUUAGGCAUUGGAAUUACUUGCUCUACUUCAAGUUUAUUUUUUUCAUAAAAUAUAUAAUCUAAACAGCCUGAAAAUUCUGGUGUGUAAUUUGUAUAUAUUGGUGUUCCACAUGCACUUGCAAAACGAACAUUGUAAGUUAAAGAUACACCCUUCACAGUUUCUUCCAAAUCUGAAAGAAUUAUAUAUAAAUAAAAUUUUCAAUGAAUAAGA